AUGAGACGCCAUGUAUUCCUCGCUGUGUUGCUCAGCCUGCUGGUGAGCCUUUCAAAAGAAGACAACACUGGAACAGCUACUGCCACACCUGAGCCGACAACCCAAAGAACUACAGAAAACAACACUGGAACAGCUACUGCCACACCUGAGCCGACAACCCCAAUAACUGCAGAAGACAACACUGGAACAGCUACUGCCACACCUGAGCCGACAACCCCAAUAACUGCAGGGGGCUUGUGCAACUCAAACCCUUGUGGAACAGAUUUGGCUAAAUGUAUUGCUUUAUACAGCAAUUUUACCUGCCAGUGCCAAUAUGGAUUCUACUACAGAGAGAACAAUUGUCACCCAGGGCAAAUAUUCCCAUGGGUCAUUACGCUGAAUGAAUCUUACAGUGAUAGUUUUCCAAAUGUAAAUUCCAAGGAGUAUGAAGAGAUGUUCCAAAAUAUAACAAUGUUUUUUAACGAAGCCUUCAGCAAUUACAAUUUAACAGGCUUUGAACAGACUGUCAUCAUGAAAAUUGAAUCUCCAAAAAAAGUCAGAUCUUCUCUUUCAACGAAUAUAACAGUGAUAAACCUGUUUAUGGAGGAUGCAUCUGUAAGCAAUGAGACAGUUAGUUUGGCAAUAAAAAAUGCAACAGAAAAAUCAGCCUUUGUCUCUUACUCCAGAGGUGCAAGCUAUUGUGAGGGCUUUAACUGUGAUACCAGAACCACAGAGUGCAAAGAAAAAAUGUUUCCUACAUGCGAAUGCAAAAGUAAUUUCUCACGUACAGAAUGGGAUGUUCUUUCUUGUUCAGAUUGCAGUAAAGACUGUUCUGGUGAAGAAAAUAAGUACUGUGCAAAAGAAGAAGGGGUUCCAACAUGCAAAUGCAUGCCUAACUUUGAAAAAAAGAAUGAAAAAUGUGUAUUUUGUCCAGUGGGCUACUCUGGGGAGAACUGCAGUAACAAUCGUGAACUCAUCCUUAUAAUAGUGGGUACAGUGUUUGGAGCCAUUAUCCUGAGUUUAGUGGUAGCACUGUCUGUUGUUUCACUAAGAGCCAAACACAAACAAGGUCCAGAGAAGAGGAGCCUGAUAAAGCAGGGAUAUUCCAACCCAAAUGCCUCUGAUGAUAGGCAGACCACAACGUUCCCCAGAGUCCAAACCACUUCUGGCCAUGCGAACCCAGGAUAUCAGCCAAACAACCCUUAUGAGAAGCAUUCUGCAAAUAGAGGUCAUUUUCUGGAGAGGGAUUAUGAUGAUAUGUACGAAGCAUCACGGGAGCCUGAGGGCUUUAGGAUGCAGAGUAGAUACUAA